AUGUUGAAACCAUGGACUUGUUCUCUCCCAAUUAAAAAAUAAAAUAAAAUAAAGAUAUAAAAACAGAGUGAAAAUUACACCGUAGAAAGAGAACUCGGAGGUCAACCAUUGUUUGUGACGCUAGUCAACGGUUACUGGGUUGGCCAGAGAAGGAAGUUCCGAUUUGAUUGAGCCCGUUGGGAAGUUCUAUUCUUCUUUGAAAUUUUCUAGAAAGAGCUUGCUUCAAGUCGAAUGGCACAAAACUCGCAUGUGCCAGAGUUUGGUAAGUGGCAGGAUGAAGUCCAAUACACAGCCCAUUUUGAUAAUGUGAGGAAGGGUAAAAGUAGUGGAACAGCAAAUCCAAAGGACCCUCAAGACAAGCCCGGUAGCAAUAAGGCUGAAGCGGAGGCACCUAAAGGUUCAGAAGCAUUAAGGUCAAAGCAUGAGCAGCAUUUGAGCCGGGAAGUUGGUCACCCAAGGAGAUCUUCUGAGUCACCUUUGCACCAUGAUACUGUUGGUCAGAGAGUCUCAUCUGAUUCACCUCUUCACCAUCAUGGUGGCUCGAGCAGUGGCGAUAUCCAUAGAAGGGCUAUGAGGCAGAGUGUAGGGUCUGAUCGCAGCAUUGAACACUCACCUCUGCACCCACAUAACCAGGCAAGGGUUGGAGGGAAAAGCAGUGACGUCUCUUCUCCCUCGUGGGAAAGGAAGGGUUCGUCUCAAGGUAGUAGCCAUAGCUUAGCUCCCUUGACUCCUGGAAGAUCUCGACUAAGAUCAGUUACUCGAGGCGAUGAUACUCCUGAUCACAGCGCUGCUGUUCCAAAGUUCGGUGAUUGGGAUGAGAGCAACCCUGCAUCAUCUGAAGGUUACACGGCCAUUUUUAACAGAGUGCGAGAGGAGAAGCAAGUUGAGGCAGGAAAGGUACCAGCUACGGCGGGUGACACACCUUAUUCAAAUGGUCACAAGCAAUCUGGGCUGUUUCUGCUUUCCAUGGAGCAGAAAAUGAUAUUUGUUGUCAGUGGAUGAAUAGAAAGUGUCUGUGGUGUAUAUUUUAUAUGGUUCGGAUGACUUUUUACGUAUAGAGAAGCAUCUUUAGUAAGUGCAUUCUUUCACUUGUAACUGUAUUUGACCUGAAGAAAAAUGAGGUUUUGAGGGGAAAACAUCUCAUAACCCCAAAAAAGGUGUUGGCUGGGGGACACCACUCAUCAUGUCUUUGCCCUUCAUCCUGUGUGACUGCAUGUUCUCUUUGCCUUGUAUGUUUAGUCAUACUUGGUUUUUAAACUGCCUAUCAUGCUGAUGUCUACUUCAA